AAGCGCGCACCACUGCGCGGGCACAGCUGUCAGCACCAAGGACAGCCGCAGCCCCAAGCGUCGCAUCAGUCUGAUAAUCACUUCACAGCAAAGCCCCGCACAGAGCCCACGGAGGACCGGGAGAGCGAUACACAGCGCAUAAAGGAAAACGCAUACACCGCAAAAUAUGCUCUGACUCGUUUCUAUCGACAUUGGAAAAAAGAAAAUGGUGGAAAUUGACAAAGAAAAUCAAAAUGUUUGAAGAAAGGCUGCUGACAAUUACGAAGAUAAUCCAACAGCGGUUGAGGUCCUGACCAUGAACAUUCCUCCGCAUUUCCCAUAAAUCAGCUGUCCAGAUUUUCCACACUGUCUAGGGGGACGGACGGUGGUUCCAGUCUUUUUAACCGGGUGAACCGUGCAGUUCAGAAGCCGGGAAAACCGACCCGCCAACACGAGGGAGAGACGCAACCGGGGUCCUCUGUGCGGUUUGAUCGUUCACACGAUGCGUCUGUUUCUGCUGGCGGUGUUCCUCUCGUGCUCCUGUGCGCGGGGCGGCUGCGAACCGAAGAUAGUGAACAUCGGAGCAGUCCUGAGUCAGAAGAGGUACGAGCAAGUCUUUAAGGAUGCGGUGACCCAGGCGAAUCAGAUCUACGGGAGAGAUAAAUUCAAGUUGACCGCCAUCUCCGUAACGCACAAACCCAACGCUAUCCAGAUGGCUCUCUCCGUCUGCGAGGACCUCAUCUCUAACCAGGUGUAUGCCAUCCUGGUGAGUCAUCCUCCCCAGUCCAAUGACCACCUCACCCCCACGCCUGUGUCAUACACCGCAGGCUUCUACCGCAUCCCUGUGGUGGGCCUCACCACGCGCAUGUCCAUCUACUCCGACAAGAGUAUCCACUUGUCCUUUCUGCGGACUGUCCCCCCGUACUCCCACCAGGCUCACGUGUGGUUCGACAUGAUGCGAGAGUUUCGAUGGAACCACAUCAUCCUGAUUGUCAGCGAUGACCACGAGGGGCGGGCCGCGCAGAAGAGACUGGAGACCCUACUGGAGGAGAGGGAAACAAAGAAUAAAAAAAGGAACUAUGAAAACCUCGACCAACUGUCCUAUGACAACAAGCGAGGACCUAAGGCAGAGAAAGUCCUCCAGUUCAGCCAGGAGACUAACUUAACUGCUCUGCUUCUGGAGGCCAAAGAGCUGGAGGCUCGUGUCAUCAUCCUCUCCGCCAGUGAAGAGGACGCUGCUGCAGUUUACAAGGCUGCCCGUUUCCUCAACAUGACGGGCUCGGGUUACGUGUGGCUGGUGGGAGAGCGGGAGAUGUCGGGUAAAGCCCUGAGUGAGGCACCAGAUGGUCUCAUCGGCCUCCAGCUCAUCAACGGCAAGAACGAGUCGGCCCACAUCAACGACGCAGUGGCAGUGGUGGCUCAGUCCAUCCAGGAGCUCUUUGAGAAGGAGAACAUCACGGAGCCGCCCAGAGGCUGUGUGGGAAACACCAACAUCUGGAAAACCGGGCCCCUCUUCAAAAGGGUUCUGAUGUCAUCAAAGUACCCAGAGGGCCUCACUGGACGUGUGGAGUUCAAUGACGAUGGCGACAGGAAGUACGCUCACUACAGCAUUCUCAACUACCAGAAGAGUCGACUCAUUCAAGUCGGGAUUUACAAUGGAACACAGGUGGUGAUGAAUAAUCAGAGGAAGAUCAUCUGGCCGGGGGGAGAGACAGAGAAACCGCGGGGCUUUCAGAUGUCCACAAGACUAAAGAUAGUGACCAUACACCAGGAGCCCUUUGUGUAUGUGAAACCCACUGAGCAGGAUGGAACCUGCAAGGAGGAAAAAACCUUAAAUGGAGUGGCAGAUAUUAAAAAGGUGAUCUGCACUGGACCAAAUGAGACCAUCCCAGGACGUCCAAUUGUACCUCAAUGUUGUUAUGGAUUCUGUAUCGAUCUACUUAUCAAGUUGGCCGGAACCAUGAACUUUACCUAUGAGGUGCACCUGGUGGCUGAUGGGAAAUUUGGAACACAGGAGCGGGUGAACAACAGCAACAAGAAAGAGUGGAAUGGCAUGAUGGGAGAGCUCCUGGGGGGUCUGGCAGAUAUGAUUGUUGCCCCGCUGACGAUAAACAACGAACGAGCCCAGUACAUCGAAUUCUCCAAACCUUUUAAGUACCAAGGCCUAACCAUCCUCGUUAAAAAGGAAAUCCCUCGCAGUACACUGGACUCGUUCAUGCAGCCGUUUCAGAGCACACUGUGGCUGCUGGUGGGUCUUUCGGUGCAUGUGGUGGCGGUGAUGCUUUACCUACUAGACCGGUUCAGCCCGUUUGGGAGGUUUAAAGUAAACAGUGAAGAAGAAGAAGAAGAUGCCCUCACCUUGUCGUCAGCCAUGUGGUUCUCCUGGGGAGUGUUGCUUAACUCCGGUAUUGGGGAAGGCGCGCCGCGCAGCUUCUCAGCGAGAAUCUUGGGCAUGGUGUGGGCCGGCUUUGCCAUGAUCAUAGUGGCAUCGUAUACUGCCAACCUGGCUGCCUUCCUGGUGCUGGACCGGCCUGAGGAGCGCAUCACCGGCAUCAACGACCCGAGGCUGAGGAACCCAUCAGACAAGUUCAUCUACGCCACUGUGAAGCAGAGCUCUGUGGACAUCUACUUCCGGCGGCAGGUGGAGCUUAGCACCAUGUACCGCCACAUGGAGAAGCACAACUACGAGAGUGCCGCUGAGGCUAUCCAGGCCGUGCGCGACAACAAGCUGCAUGCUUUCAUCUGGGACUCUGCGGUGCUGGAGUUUGAAGCCUCGCAGAAGUGCGACCUGGUGACCACGGGAGAGCUGUUUUUCCGUUCGGGCUUUGGCAUAGGCAUGCGCAAGGACAGCCCCUGGAAACAGAAUGUGUCCCUGGCCAUUCUCAGUUCCCAUGAGAAUGGAUUCAUGGAAGAUCUAGAUAAAACCUGGGUGAGAUACCAGGAGUGUGACUCACGGAGCAAUGCCCCAGCCACACUCACCUUUGAGAACAUGGCAGGAGUGUUCAUGCUGGUGGCUGGAGGCAUAGCAGCAGGGAUCUUCCUCAUCUUUAUUGAGAUCGCCUACAAGCGACACAAAGACGCCCGAAGGAAGCAGAUGCAGCUGGCCUUUGCGGCCGUCAACGUCUGGAGGAAGAACCUGCAGGACAGUAAGGAGGCCUCUGGGAGCCAAGCUGUGGGCGCAUCGAUGACUCCAUCGUUACCCUCUUCCUCUCUAGAGACUCAGGAUGAUAGGAAAAGUGGUAGAGCAGAGCCCCCCGACCCCAAAAAGAAAGCCUCUUUUAGGUCCAUCAGUACCUCCCUGGCCUCCAGCAUCAAGAGACGUAGGUCGUCCAAAGACACGCAGUACCCACCCACCGACAUCACGGGCCAGCUCAACUUGUCCGACCCAUCUGUCAGCACAGUGGUGUGAGAGGGACAGAAGGAGAGAGAGAUUCUCUCCUCGGAGAGAAAGAGAGAGGGUGGGUGAACGGAGAGAGCCUUCCCCCAGAUCGCUGCAUCGUUGGAUCCAUCACUGCUGAAGCUUUUUGUCCCAUUGGCUUUGCAGUGGCGCAAUGGAGCCUACGUCUAAGAAAGGACUCCCCUGAUCAUAUUCUCUGAUCGUGGCACCUGUUACAGCUGUCUGGCAUUAGUCAGCUCUAGGGUUCUGAGCUUACUGACACAUACUGUGUUUUUAUCUGUUUUCUCUAUUCAUGCUCAAUUUAUGCUUAAAACAGUCCAAUCUUUGUCUAAUUUACUUACUGCAGACAUAGUGAUGCUGGAUACUACUACUAUUUAAUAUAUCUACAUGAUACAUUUUACUGUUUUAAAAAUCUUGUUUAGUUAGAUUACUUAAGUAUACAAACAAGUUAAGUUCUGUACAUAUCAUUUAACUUACAAGGAGGGACCAUAACACACAUUAUUAUUUCACAGUAUUUAACAACAGGAUUUGGCAGGUAGUUUAACUGUUAAGGGUUAGUUAGGCCAGUAACCGAAAGGUCGCUGGUUUGAAUCCUCAAGCUGACUAGGUGAAAAAUCUGUUGAAUGUCCUUGAGCAAGGCACUUAAGCCUAAUUGCUCCUGUAAGUUGCUCUGGGUAAGAGCCGCUGCUAAAUGACUAAAAUGUGAACAGCAUAAUAGGUACACUUUGCUGGAUAACAACUACAGCAUUUUAUUAAGAAAUACUUAUUUUAACUCCAUGUUUAAACAUUUUAGAUAUGUCUUUGUUAAAUUGGACACGUUUAAACAGUGAGAAUAUUAACUUUUGUGACAAUGUAAUCCUUUAAAGCAGCAAUUCUAAAGAAGGAAGCAUGCAUGUAUUGUAAAUAUAUAGAUGCAACUGAAUAUUUAUGUAACUAAUGUCCAUGGUGUUAAUAUUGCUGCUACUGUUUGUUGGAAUACUCCGUGGCACUUUACAACACACUUAAAACCAUUUUCUAAUAACUCACAGUUUUCUGAGAUACAAAAAUGGUGAACUUUGUUUACAUUGUAUUCUUUGCCCCUUAAUCAUUUUAUAACUGUCUGCCAAACUGUCUGCAUGCUUGUAUAUAUUAUAUCCAGCCAGUAUUAUCCUUUGGUGCCCCUUGAAAACAUUCUGCCUGUAACAUAAUGUUCACAUUUACCUACACCUUUGAUAUUGGGAAAGUGGCAAUGCUCUAUUCUUAUUUGAAAGGGAUUUUUAGUCACAAAUCUAAUCAAAACUAUAGGAAAUACUCUCAAAAGGGUGCACAUUUUUGCUGUUUCCCUAGCACUACACACCUGAUUCAAAUAACCAACUCAUCAUAAGCCUUUGAUUGGUGGAAUCAUGUGUGUAGUCCUAGGGCAAAAACAAAAAUGUGAAUCCUUUUGGGUCCCCAGGACCAGGAUGAAGAGAAACAUUCUCUAAGUCAUUGUUUUCUACCAUAUGUUUGGAACCCCCCCCCCCCCCCCCCCUCGCUUUCCUCAGUCUUUCUCAUCGCCAGUGUCAAGGGGUUGCAUCAAAGGGCCAGGUUUUUCACCCAACCAGCACUUGGUCUUUCAUGAAAAACCUCCUCCCUGUGCACGUCAGUCUAUCUUCAAUUUGCACUUUGAGACCUUCUACAUGAAAGGAACCCAUGUGAAUUGAUAACUCAGCUUAACUUUCAGUCUUGGUGCUGUGAGCUUAGGUACAGUUAUCUUGAUUAAAUGCAAAAAGGGCCAUUUCCCAGGUUCUGAUGUUGAGAAACAAAGACAAAGUGUGGCAUGUUGAAACAAAGACUACAGUACCAUUCUGGCACGGCAAUGCACAGCACUUUAACCUGAGGGCUUCCCCAUGUUCCCCAUGAUGUUUCCAUCAACAAGGCUGAUUUAAAUAUAAUUAUGUAUUCAGUAUGCAAGUACAUACAAAUGUAUAUGAAUAAGAGUAGAAAACUCUCACAAGAGAGAUCAUGGUCUAAUUGUUAUAGUAUGAUCCACAGCACAAAAUGGUUAAAUCAACGUUGUUUCAACGUAAUUUGUCAACGUAUUGUGAUGUGGGAAAUACAUUGGAUUUGAAAAAGUUAUCAACUGUUGUUUUGAGGGUGACAUUUCAACCACAGAAUUAUGUCAUCAUUCCAACCAAUUUUCAACAUAGUCAACCUUGAAUAAAAUAUGUUGAAUUUGUACCUUUGAAACAACAUCAGAUCUUCAAUUUUAUAUCCAUGUCAGAAAAAAAACAACAGGCUGGGCUGUACCUGGUACUGGAGAGUUGAUCUAUCCACAGCUACCCGUUGGUCCAGGGUUUUAACCAAGCCCAGCCCUGCUUAGCUUUGAUAUUUUCCACUGACUACUACCAAUGUGCUAUCGUGAGACUGAUUAUUGAGAGAUCUCUUAAUAGAUAAAUAGAUUCACUGUUGCUAUCAAAAUAAUUCCAAAGGUCAUAUAAGCAAGGUUGUGAAAAUUCUGUGCAACUUCCAGCGCGUGUUUACUGCUUUAAGUUACAGUUUUAACAGUGGCCAAGUAGGCUACUGUGGCUAUUUGAUCAUAAUGUAGGCCUAACAUGAAAAACAAUGGAGAAAAUGCAUCCCAUAACAUUUUAACAUGGAAAUAGCUGUUCUAUCAUGCAGCCAAUGUGUGGUGUUCAAUGUAGGCCUACAUUCCAUGCAGGACUUGACAUUAACCUGUUUAUCCUCUUGUCUUUCAUAAAAGGAGGUGACUGA